GUUCCUUGCUUGUCCAGAGAAGCAGACGACGUGAGCAUGGGCAGUUACUCUUAAUUGUAAAGGCGUUCAAAGUUUAGCUACGCUGGAGGGAAACCCCAUACCAGUGUGAUUAUGAUUAAAUUGUGCACCUUUUGAUAGAUCAACAUGAAAACAUGCAGCUGGUUUUUAGGUGUUGCUGGGUUAACAGCUAGUUUUGCAGUACUGUGCAAUCUGCCAGUUAACCCGUUUAUCCUACAACCAGAGCCUGCUACCUUGGCAUAUCUUGCUGAUAUAACUUUACAAACACUGGAUCUCAUGCCACGAAAAUUCAAGGCUAAAGAACUUUGGGAAGCCUCAGGUGCUGUGAUUAUGGUAGUCCGUCGGCCAGGAUGCUUACUUUGCCGUGAGGAAGCACUUGAACUGUCAAAACUGAAAGCCGAACUGACCCUGAGACAUGUUCCACUAUAUGCUGUGGUCCAUGAAUCACUGGGUGUGGAGCAGUUCUCCCCCUUCUUCAAAGGUGAUGGAAUUUUCCUUGAUGCUGAGAAACAUUUCUAUGGUCCAGUGGAAAGGCGCAUGUUUUUAUCUGGCUUACUGAGAGCCACAGUAUGGAAAAACAUCAUUCGCAGUUGGAAGAGGGGUGUGAAUGGUAACCUUGAAGGCGAGGGAAGAAUUCUUGGUGGUAUGUUUGUUGUUGGCCCAGCAGACCAAGGCAUUUUGUAUGAGCACAGGGAGAAAGAGUUUGGGGACAUGGCAAGCAUCUCCGACAUAGCAGCAGCAGUGAGAAAAAUUAAAUAGCCUACAAAUUAAUGCUUGAGAAUAUUCAGUAAGGGGCUGUUAAAAUAAUAGUUAAAAUUGCAUAUUUUAGGUUUUCAAUUGAAAAAGCCAUUUAACAAUUUGUAAAAUGUUAUCAAAGUGAUAGAAUAAACAUGGAUGUGAUUAUAAACAUAACAUUUUGCAGAUUUUGUCAGUUUGGUCAUCAAUAUUUUCUGUGUGCCAAAUUAUUAAAGGUUGUGUAUAUGAAAACUUAUUCCAACCCUUUGGCCAGAGCACAAGAUACAAAAUCAUUUAUUGUCUACCAAAUAGACAUAGACACUGACACUUAUGGCAGAGUAUAAUAGGAAAAUAGGAACGUUGGAUUGGAAAGUGGGAAUCAAACUUUUACUUGUGACUGAAAUGCAGGUAACCAGAAGUAGCCAUGUUCUCCCAGCAUCAUCCUGAGAAUUGUAGGUAGCCACACUCGUGAUCAUAGUGUGAAGCACAGGCCUGAAUGCCUGUUCUGCUAAUUAAGUAUGGAGAGGCUAAAAAUGACUUUUUUUUAAAUGUAACAAAACUUCAAAAUAAAGUUCUCAUUACCAACCAUUUU